AUGGGUAAAGGACUUGCAAGACUCAUCGGCUCGGGCAUCGGCUUCACCUCUGAAGCCAUUCAUGCUGCCCGACACCGUAACAAAGACUCUAUUUCAGAGCAGGGCUCUAGUUCUGCCUCAGCCUCUGCGUCUGCUUCUGCAUCUGCUUCUGCCUCCGCUUUCGCUUCUUCUGCUUAUGAUACCCCUCGCGGUUUCCCUUCUGAUACCCCUCUUACCGUCCCCGCAAGUGAAUCAGAUGGCCAUGAGCACUUGAGAGAUCUGAGCUUGGACGAAGAUCUCCCAGCCUACUCACCGGGCGAAGGGCGGCAUAGCGAAUCCACCUACCCGGACGAGAAAAGCAGGAACCAUCCCUACGAGGCCGCUGAUGACUCGGGAGACGAGUAUGACAGUAUUGUCCAAAGUGAAACGAGGGACCGUGAAUAUGCCGGGGAUGAGGAGGCAUGGGAGCUCGACGAGGUGUCCGAGGCAUUGCCAGCAUACGAUGAGCUUGAAGGUGUUCCUGGACAGCUCCCUAGGAGGGACACCGAGGAUGACCCCGAUGCAAUCCAUGCUGAAGACUCUGCGGAUACCAAGGAGAAGAAGACACAACGUAUGAUCCGUGAGCUUGUGGCCAUGGCAGGUCCACCUGGACCUAAGCAAAAGCUUCCAUGCCCGGUGAUUAUUCCCCAGCGCAGACCCGGUGCAAAGAAGCGCGGAUUCGUCCGUGCAUAUGCACCUGUGUUGCAAGACUGUGGUAUUGGCCAGGAUGUGUUCUUGAAGUUCAUCAGUGACUUCCACAAAGCGAGUCAGGCUUCUAUUUGGCUACAGGUCGUCGUCAUGGCAGCCGACAUCACUGGCUAUUCCCCCAUGCUGUCAGUCGCUCUGACUGCAAUGGCCGUUCAAAUCAUCGCGGAAACGGCCAUGCAAUUUCAAAUCCGCAAGCGUACAACCAACUACCUGGACAAGGUUAAUGAAGAAAUUUUCAUGCCGCGCGGUCAAUACGCUAUGAUCAUGAAGUUUACCGAGAAGCCUCCCAAGCCAAAGAAGAAGAAGAACGGCGCCGCUUCGGACCCACUCGCCGACAUGUUCACAAUGGAGCAGGUCAACGUAAGUGAAUCAGGUGUAAGAGAGGAGGGCGACCCCCAAGCGGGUCCGGCACCUUCUACAGCAGGAUUCGACGCCGCCGAGACCAUUGCAAAAUUCACUAAUAGCGAGGAACACCCCGAGAUGAACGCAUGGAAGACACGUAUGAAGGGCUUCAGACUGGAAAGUGGUCGAACUCGUGGCCAGAUGCAGCUUCCAGAAUGCGCACCACUGAUCUAUCCCCGUAUCGACCGAGUUGCGCUCCGCAUACAGGAGGGCAAGGAGGCCAAGUCGACAUUCCAGACUGGACGAACAUGGGCUCGAGAGUACAUUGAUAGAAGAAGACAGAUCGAAUUCGAAAAUGAGCACAAGGGUUCUGCUCUGGCUAUCACUGAGGAAAACCGAAAGCCAUUUACUUCACGUUACAAUGACCCUAAUCACCCAGCCAACAGUGGAGAUCUUAUCUCGACUCUCACUGGCGGCAAGUUCUCACAUAAGAAAAAGCCUGGUCUGAUUGAGCGAGCAGCCUCUUCAAUCAAGGAACGGAAUGAUAGGAAACGGGCUCUUCAGGGUCUACCUCCAAGUGAAACACUCAGAGAGAAGAUCAACAGAAAAAAGAAGGAACAGGGCAACAGGUUCAAGCUAUUCCGGGAGGAUGUUCUGUACCUGAUGAUUGUCAACAUGCCUACCCCAGAAGAGCUGGAGCAGGCGGUUGCUCGUCUGCGUUACAUGAUGGAAUUGGAGCAGGCUGAGAAAGAAAAGGCGAAAGCCAAGUAG